CUUGUCCGAGAGUCAGGGACACGGGGGCAGCUUCGGGAGGGACCAGUGAAGUUCAUCCCCUACUUUUCCUCCCCUCCAUCCCCCCCCUUGCCACCUCUGGCACAUUAGCAUGCAGGGUAGGCUCUGCUGUGUAUUUAACGGCUCCAUUUGCCGCUGUCUCUCAGCUCACACCGCCCGCCGCCUGCCUCGCCCCACAGCCUGGCACCAGCUGGGUCCACACCAGUGAGUCCCCGGGACCCGGUGCCUUUUCCACUUGGUUUUAGGCAGCGAGAGCAAAGCUCCGAGUGGUGCUGGAAGGGGAGGAGGCAAAAAGCAGCAAGCUGAGGCGAGAGAGGCAGGGAGAGGCUCGGUCUCGGCAGUGAUGAGGAGAAGCUGUUUAGUCAUCUCUCGAUAUAGACUUUCCCGGUGAUGAUCACAUUUACUGAUUGCCUCUGACUGCUCUGGGAGAGGGAGGCAGAGGCAGGCAGCACACUUCACCUUUUAUGCCGAGGAGUGACUGCUCCCCCUUCCUUCCAGUUCCCCACAGCCAGCCCUACUUUUGGGUGCGGAGAGUCUCUUUCCUUGCCAGAUGGAACUGAUCUGACUUCCAAGAGGUCUCCGGAGCAGCCUAACCAUCUUCUCCAGUAACAAGGCCCCCGGGGUCAUCAUGGCGGCAGGAGUAGCAGCCUGGUUGCCCUUUGCCAGGGCAGCUGCCAUAGGAUGGAUGCCAGUGGCCAACUGUCCCAUGCCACUGGCUCCAACAGAGAAAAACAAGAGGCAGGACGAGCUGAUCAUCCUCAACGUGAGCGGCAGGCGCUUCCAGACCUGGAGGACUACACUGGAGAGGUACCCGGACACACUCCUGGGCAGCACCGAGAAGGAGUUCUUCUUCAACGAGGACACCAAGGAGUACUUCUUCGACCGGGACCCUGAGGUCUUCAGGUGCAUCUUGAAUUUUUACCGAACUGGCAAGCUGCACUACCCCAGGUACGAGUGCAUCUCCGCCUACGACGAGGAGCUGGCCUUCUACGGGAUCCUGCCCGAGAUCAUCGGCGACUGCUGCUACGAAGAGUACAAGGACCGCAAGCGGGAGAACGCCGAGCGGCUGAUGGACGACAACGACUCCGAGAACAACCAAGAAGGCUCCAUGCCAUCCCUGAGCUUCCGGCAGACCAUGUGGCGAGCCUUUGAGAACCCCCACACCAGCACCUUAGCCUUAGUCUUUUACUACGUCACCGGCUUCUUUAUCGCCGUCUCUGUGAUCACCAACGUGGUGGAAACUGUCCCCUGCGGCACGGUGCCCGGGCACAAGGAGCUGCCGUGCGGGGAGAGGUACGCCGUGGCUUUCUUUUGCUUGGACACGGCUUGCGUGAUGAUUUUCACGGUCGAGUACCUGCUGAGGCUCUUCGCGGCCCCCAGCCGCUACAGGUUCAUCAGAAGCGUGAUGAGCAUCAUCGACGUGGUGGCCAUCAUGCCCUACUACAUUGGCUUGGUGAUGACCAACAACGAGGACGUCAGCGGCGCCUUUGUGACGCUAAGGGUUUUCAGGGUUUUCAGGAUUUUCAAGUUCUCUCGCCAUUCCCAAGGCUUAAGAAUCUUGGGCUACACUUUGAAGAGCUGUGCCUCCGAGCUUGGCUUUCUCCUCUUUUCCCUCACUAUGGCAAUCAUCAUCUUUGCAACUGUGAUGUUUUAUGCGGAGAAAGGAUCCUCGGCAAGCAAAUUCACCAGUAUCCCUGCUUCCUUUUGGUAUACUAUUGUCACCAUGACAACACUGGGCUAUGGUGACAUGGUGCCCAAGACGAUUGCUGGGAAGAUCUUUGGCUCCAUCUGCUCCCUGAGUGGGGUUCUGGUCAUUGCCCUGCCGGUUCCUGUCAUCGUUUCCAACUUCAGCCGCAUCUACCACCAGAACCAGCGAGCAGACAAGAGGAGAGCACAGAAGAAAGCCAGGCUGGCAAGGAUCCGAGUGGCCAAGACAGGCAGCUCCAAUGCCUACCUGCACAGCAAGCGCAACGGACUCCUGAACGAAGCCCUGGAGCUGACGGGAUCCACGGAAGAUGAGCAGCACAUGACUAAAGGCACCUCCUUAAUCGAAAGCCAACAUCACCACCUGCUGCACUGCCUGGAAAAAACAACCGGAUUGUCCUAUCUUGUGGAUGAUCCCCUGUUAUCUGUACGAACUUCCACCAUCAAGAACCACGAGUUCAUAGACGAGCAGCUGUUCGAGCAGAACUGCAUGGAGAGCUCGAUGCAGAACUACCCUUCCUCUCGGAGCCCCUCCUUGUCCAGCCACCACGGCUUGACCACCUCCUGCUGCUCUCGCCGCAACAAGAAGACCACUCACCUGCCCAACUCCAGCGUGCCAGCCACCCGCCUGCGCAGCAUGCAGGAGCUCAGCACCAUCCACAUCCAGUGCAGCGAGCAGCCCUCGCUCACCACAAGUCGUUCCAGUCUCAACAUGAAAUCAGAUGAUGGACUGAGACCCAACUGCAAAGCUGCCCAGAUCACCACAGCCAUCAUCAGCAUCCCCACGCCGCCGGCGCUCACGCCAGAAGGUGAGAGCAGACCUCCUCCUCCACCUCCUCCUCCUCCGCCCAGCAGCCCAGGCCACUCCACGAACAUUUCCACCACCACCACCACGAGCAACAUAGUCAAGGUCUCUGCCUUGUAAGAUGUCUCAUGCACAGAAGGAGGCUGGAAGACCUAUGCCCCUCUCUCCCUCCACACCUCCCAUGUUCUUUUCUUGCUGCAAAUUGUGCCUGGAUGGACCAACCUGACAUUUUGUCAUCCGAUUAGCAAUGGAGAUCUAACGAGGCAGCUUUCUUCAGACUGGCAUGCUGUGGACUGAGGAAGGAGUAGGAAAAGGGAGGAAGAGGCUGGUUAGAGGUGGGGGAGAGGGGGGAAAAAAAAAAACCAACCAACCAACCAAACCCUGCCAUGGUUAAGAGGGGCAAAGAGAAGCAGCAGCUGAGGCUGCAGGGGAAGAAUCAUCACGGCAAGAAGAGAGUGGACGAAGCAAAUGGCAAACUAACACUGUGUAUCGCAGCACCUUUCUAGAGGUUUUUAAAUGGAUAAUAUUUAUUCAUGAGGAAAAAAAAAAAAAAAGACUGAAAAAGGUGAAAAAAAAAAAAAACAA